ACUACUCUCCAAGCAUACCGAACUACUCAGUUCAACAGCGUAACGAUGGCCCCCAAGAGCAAGAAGAACGCCGACUCCAUCAACAGCCGUCUGGCUUUGGUGAUGAAGUCUGGAAAGGUCACCCUUGGCUACAAGUCGACCAUCAAGACCCUCCGCUCCGGCAAGGCCAAGCUGGUCAUCAUCGCUGCCAACACUCCUCCUCUCCGCAAGAGUGAGCUCGAGUACUACGCUAUGCUCGCCAAGGCCCCUGUUCACCACUUCUCUGGUAACAACAUCGAGCUGGGCACUGCUUGCGGUAAGCUCUUCCGCACCAGCACCAUGACUGUCCUCGAUGCCGGUGACUCCGACAUCCUGUCCAGCCAGUAA